GUGUUUUUUUUAAUUGUUGUGGAGCCUGCACUAAGGGUAUUAUUUGCUAUCUCUCAGCUACCAGUAACCCUCAAAAAGUCCUGCAAAGAUCGUUGUGAACCUCAUGCAAUAGUAGUAAGUGAUGGAAUGGUAAGGAAAAUAUACUUGAUUUCCUACAAAAGCUUUGUUAAUAAAUGGUUCCAUCAAUUAACAAGUGUUUGAAGGUGGCUAAUUACGGUUUCCAUUACUACCACUCUUUAUCAGUUGCUUACAUUGGCCGAUAAGUUGUGAUCAUCAUUGCGAGAUAACAAGUUACCAUAGCAACAGCAUAACCUGUUAAAAGCACCCUUAAUUUAAGAUUAAAGUGUCAAUAACUAAAAAAUGAGUUCGGUGACCUCCAUUUUUUAUUAUUAAGUUAUGAUCAAUAUGUCAUGGUACAACUUUCCACCUCUGAUAAUUUUUUUCAACUUUUCAAAACCUAGUAUCAUGACGUGUGGAUCAUAGCUCAAUAAUAAAAAAUAGGGGUCACUGAACUCGGUCUUGAGUUAUUGGCACUAAAGCUUAAAUUAAGGGUGUUUUUUAAAGGUUAUGCUGUUGCUAUGGUAACCUUUCUUCUCAAGAAAAUGGUCACAACUUGUUGACCAAAGUUUACCUACAAUUUCUGUAUAUUUCUCAAGGAGCCCAUUAGUUUCCUAGUCUUUUGGGACACCAUUAUAAACUGCAAGAUGAUUAUGGGAGGGCACAUGGGUCGGCUUUGAUACACCUAACUGGGUUCGUUAAAAGAAGCAGAUACGCAAAAAUAUGAUUAAAGCCAGUCAAUUUGCCCAUUCCUCCAGUCUCAAUGAAUUCUUUAGACAGUUUCGCUCAUUCACAGGAAAGUGAUGAUGUUGUUGUUCCAUAUGUACAGGAUAGCGACAAGUCUGUUGAAGAACUGAGUAAAACCUUUCAAGGACUAAGCUCUCCAUCGAAAGAAGACCAAUCGGUAGAUUUGCCUCUGCCUCGCAUGUGAGCUAGUGUUAACAGCGCCUUUUGAGAUUGUUUUAUGACCUUGCAGUUAUUAGUGUGAACUUUCUCUUAACAUAUCAGUUACAGCAUCCGUUACAGCUGAUAAGACUGAAAGAUAUGGUUAUCAUGCAACUUGAAUGUUUUAUUUUGUUUAAUUUUCUAUUUUGUAUCCCACAUGACAGAAAAAGACAGCUUAACAGAACGAGUUCUGAAAGUUCUGACAGCCCAUCAGACAGCUCUCCGGAAAGGUGAAAUAUUAAAAAAAAAACUGCACUAAGUAAAGUUUUCAGCUGAUGUGAUUUUAUAAAGGGUCUGUCGGGUAGUUAUCAAGCAUUGUUAACCAUUUCUAUAAUUCCAGAAACUGUAUCUAGAGAGACGUGAGGUGAGGGUGGGGGAGCGACCGAAUGGUGGCUUAGUCUGCCUUUCGCUCGAUAAUGUUAAGAGCAUUAGUGAAGAGAGUAAAAAUGAAACUUUGGGAUCUUGUAGGAAGCCUAUUAUACUUGAUUUAUUUUCAAGGCCCACAAAAUAUGUUAGAUGUGGCUAUUUUCAUGAUUAGAGUAUCUUUUUGUUCUACAUGUGCCCAUAUUAAAUUUGACAUUUCUCUCUACAAUCAACAGAACACCUAUUACCUGCGACCUAUCAUCAUGCCAUCAACAUGCAUCUGGGAUAUUUCAUGGUAGGGCGGAUCCAAUAACCAACGACGAAGUGCUAGAACUCAUGGCUUCUCAGAACAGUCAGCAUCUGUCCUCCAGCGUCCAAGGAGGACGUUCAAAGAGGGUUUCUUGCAACGUCAGCUUCCUGAUCAGCACAAAGAACUUGAGCUCAUCAGAUGCAGCGGUAGAUGCUAUGGGUGUGUGGAAGUUAAGUAAAUCAAAGCGCAAGAAUUGCAGGGGUCAAAUGGUCAGGCGACGAACCUACAGAAACAAAGCAUGGAAAGACCUUGUCAAAGCCGUUGUUGAACCCGAAGAAUUCCCAUACGUAUUCAUUCAGUACAGAUUCGAGGGAGAGCCCUGUUCAUUUGAUUUACUUCCACAUGGUAACAGCAAAGGAAACCAAUUGCCGUACGUCAGGGUCAAUCCUUCAACCAUGCAGCUAUUGAAGAAGGAAACUGAUGAUAAGGCGUCUGCUAGAAAGCCUUUUCAUAACGUAGAGAAAAAGGUUGGG